ACAAUUAGAAUACUAAAUAAUUUUACAAACGUCUCUUGUUUUUCUGCAAGCGAGCUCUAAAGUCAUAAACCUCUGAAAAUCCCUCACUUUCUCUCUCCUAAAUUGACCAUGGUCUACAUUACUUCUUGGGAUGAAUUCGUGGAGCGAUCCGUCCAAUUAUUUCGCGCCGAUCCUGAUUCUACGCGUUAUCUGAUGAAAUACAGACAUUGUGAUGGUAAAUUGGUGCUCAAAGUUACUGAUAACAAGGAGUGCCUCAAGUUUAAGACUGACCAAGCGCAGGAUGCAAAGAAGAUGGAGAAGCUUAAUAACAUAUUCUUUGCUUUGAUGGCUCGAGGUCCUGAAGUGGAUAUAGCAGAAGUCACGGGGAAAGAACAGAUAGAGGCACAACCAUCAAAGAAAGGAAGGGGACGAAAACAAUAACUUGAAGCUUAGAAACUAGGGCUUGUAGUUGAUCUCGGCACUUUCUCCAUUAAAGCAUGAGUAAUUGGUCUUGAACUACAAUGCAAAUUUUUUCAUUGCUUUACAGAUAAACCGUCAUGAUGUCAAAUAUUAUUUGAACCAAGUGCAAUGAAUAUUAGUAAUAUCUGCUAAGUA